AUGUCAUCCAUCAAAUCAUCAUACUCGAUCCCAACAGAGUGCAAGCACCUCCAAAAUUACAAGCUGAAACAUGGCCUUAAGGGCUACAAUUUGAUUCGGGAUUCUGUCAAAAUCGAUUCUUUUGGUAAAUCAGUGAUUGAUAAGUCUAAAUUACAAGUGCCCAGAUGCAGUUUUUGCUCUGGUUGCCAGGGUAGACUCUUUCUGUGUCUGAUCUGUUCUUCGAUGUCAUGUUCAUUGUCUCCUGAAUCAAAUCACACCCUUUUGCAUUCUCAGUCUUUCAGUGGGCACGAGAUUUAUGUGGAAUUGGAGAUGGCUGAGCUAUAUUGUAUGGUGUGUUCUGAUCAAGUGUACGAUCCUGAUUUUGAUAAGGCUGUAGUGUCUAAACAGGCCGUGGGAUUAGGAUUGUCCAGGAGGAAUGAAGAUGGUGAACUUAGGUUAAGUAAGAGGAAAAGAUUGAAUUUUGGUUUGGAUUUGGAGUUGAAGAGUAUCAAAAGGUUCAUUUCUUUGAGGGAUCAGUAUUCUAAAUCAUGUAUUCCGUUGGGUUUGAGGGGUUUGAACAAUUUGGGGAACACAUGUUUUAUGAAUUCUGUUUUGCAAGCAUUGCUUCAUGCUCCACCUUUGAGGAAUUACUUCCUUAGUGAUAGGCAUAAUCGAGCAAUGUGCAGGAAAAGAUCUUCGGAUCGUCGUUUGUGUUUACCUUGCGACGUUGAUGUUAUUUUCUCAGCUGUUUUUUCUGGUGAUCGGACACCAUAUAGUCCAGCUCAAUUUCUUUACAGUUGGUGGCAGCAUUCAGAAAACCUUGCUAAUUACGAGCAGCAUGAUGCCCACGAAUUUUUUAUCUCUAUGUUGGAUAGGAUCCAUGAGACGGAGGGCAAGGCAGGCCAUGUUAUUAGAGAUAAUGGGGAUUGCCCUUGUAUUAUCCAUAGAGCUUUUUCAGGCCUGCUGAGAUCUGAUGUGACCUGUACAUCAUGUGGGUUCACUUCCUCAACUUACGAUCCAUGUGUGGAUAUUUCUCUGGAUUUAGAUACAAGCACUUCAGGUAGAGAUCCUGGUAAGCUAAGUAAGCUGAAUGAGAGCAUAGGUACAUCGACUCUUGUAGGCUGCUUGGACCUCUUUACGAGACCUGAGAAGCUGGGAUCAUGCCAGAAAUUGUACUGUGAAAAUUGUCAAGAGAAACAGGACAGUUUGAAACAACUGUCCAUAAAAAAGCUACCUGUAGUAUUAUGUUUGCACAUAAAACGUUUUGCGCAUUCCCCAGUUAAAAAGUUGUCCAGAAAAAUUGAUGCUCAUUUGGAGUUUCCUUUCUCCUUAGAUAUGAAACCAUAUUUGUCAUCUUCAAUUGUCCGAAGAAGACUUGGAAACAGAAUGUUUGCAUUCCAGGAUGAUGACAUAGAUAUUAACACAGAAUUUGAGGUUUUUGCUGUGGUAACUCAUUCAGGGAUGUUAGAAUCUGGUCAUUAUGUUACCUAUCUGCGCUUGCAGAACCAAUGGUUUAAGUGUGAUGAUGCUUGGAUUACUAAAGUUAAUGAAGAGGUAGUUAGAGCAUCACAGUGCUAUCUAGUUUAUUAUGUGCAAAAAGUGCUAUACCACAAAGGAAGUGAGGACGUGAGUUGCCAGCCACUGUCAUCCCAUGCUGAUGCAUUUGUUCCCAUUGCUGGUUGUUGCUAG